GGCAAGCCUACCGCAUAACAGUGCUGCAUUCUAUAUAGUCUCCAAACAUCGUGAGGUUUAUUCGGACGUCAACGUAAGGAUCAGAUGCCUCAGUGGCCAGAUGCUGUCUGAAACGUUUGGAUGUCCAGGUUGUGUUGCAGGUCUUUGUAUAGACUGAAAUGGAGAAGAAAGACUCGAAUAAGCGGCCCGAGGGUGAUCCACGGCCAGCUUACCUCUCCACUUGCAAAUGUAUGACUUUAGCUGCAAUACUGAUUCUUCUCAUCAUUGGGGUUUCUGUGGGAUUUAUGACAGCUUAUUUAAUACAAGAGGAACAUUAUUUCAUGGAAACAGUGGAAUUGGAAGGUCUCAGUUAUGAUCCGGAUCUGCAAGAUAAAACAUCAGGAUUCUUUGUAGUUCUGACCGCGACUCUGAAAGAAAAGAUCAGGAAUAUCUUUAGCGCCUCUGCAGUGGCAAGUCACUUUAUUGACUGCCAGAUAGUUGCAUAUGGGAAUGCCAACGCAAAUGUUUUGACCACUCUACGUUUGGUCUUCCGGAUCUCUCAAGUCCAGGGGUAUACGGAGAGUUUUGUUCAAGACCUCCUCCGUGCUGGAUUGAAGGUCAUGUUGAAUGGGAAACCCAUUGUUAUCCCAGAUUAUGGAGAGAUCACUGGCAUCGUCCUUCUUGGAGCAAGUGGAAAAUCAUUCUAUGAGAUUGCGAAUGACAUCAGUAAAUGUCCUGAGAACACAUUCACUUGUGACAAUCGCGAGUGCGUCACAAAAACAAAUCCAGAAUGUGACUCUAUAACCGACUGUGUUGAUGGUUCAGAUGAAGCCUUUUGCUCCUGUGGAACACGUCCAGCCAUGGCUAACCGUGUUGUGGGUGGUGAAAACGCCCGUCACGGGGAGCUACCAUGGCAGGUCAGUCUGAGACUACGUGGCCGUCAUACCUGUGGCGCAUCCAUCAUCAACAAUCGUUGGCUCGUCAGCGCCGCCCACUGUUUUGAAAUAGAAAACAACCCAAAAGAUUGGACGGCUCUUGUGGGAGCCAAUCUAGUCAGUGGGGAGGAGGGUGAAGCCACCAUAAUAAACAUCAAGUCCCUGGUUGUCUCUCCGAUAUACGAUCCCAUGACCACUGACAGUGAUGUGACCGUGUUGGAGUUGGAAACACCUUUGACGUUCAGCUCUUAUGUUCAGCCAGUCUGUAUGCCAUCAUCCUCUCAUAUUUUCAGUCCUGGGCAAAACUGCAUUGUCUCUGGCUGGGGAGCUCUUAAUCAGUACACCAGUGAGGUGCCCUCUACAUUACAGAAGGCAAUCGUGAAGAUCAUUGACUCGAAAGUUUGCAACAAGUCAUCUGUAUACAGAGGUGCACUUACCCAAAAUAUGAUGUGUGCUGGAUUUCUUCAAGGGAAGGUGGACUCUUGUCAAGGAGAUUCUGGAGGCCCUCUGGUAUGUGAAGUGUCCCCUGGACGCUUUUUCCUGGCUGGCGUGGUGAGCUGGGGAGUGGGAUGCGCACAGAUCAACAAGCCUGGAGUCUAUUCCCGUGUCACCAAGCUCCGCAACUGGAUUCUGAGCUACACCAAUACUGCACCAGAAAUCCACGUUGCCCCCACCGUCCCUAGUGUCACAACCACUACGGUUCACAUUGCUAAAGUUAUGAGCCCAUCCUCUGAGCAAGUCAGUAAUGAUUAUAACCCUGCUACUGGGAACUGCAGUGGUAAUUAUAACUGUGGCGGAGACAUGUGCAUCAGCAAGACAAACCCAGAGUGUGACAGAGUCGCUGACUGCUCCAAUGAGGCUGACGAGAAAAACUGUGACUGUGGGAAUCGUCCAGCAAUGGGCCAGGAGAGGAUUAUUGGUGGUGUCACUGCCUAUAGAGGUGAAUGGCCAUGGGUGGGCAGUCUGCAGUACCAACGCACUCACCGCUGUGGAGCUACGCUUAUCCACUGCAAAUGGCUCUUGACUGCAGCUCACUGCUUCAGAGGUGACCUGAACCCUGCCAGCUGGACGGUAAGUCUUGGCUCGGUCAUUUGGUCUGGAGUGGGUGCUCUGGUGAUUCCAGUGCAAAGGAUCAUCCCUCAUCCAGCUUUCAAUGGCAGCACCAUGGACUUCGAUGUGGCCCUGGUGGAACUCUCCAUCCCUGCCCCCAAGUCCUACACCAUCCAGACUGUGUGUUUGCCUUCUCCCUGGCAUAGCUUCAUCAAAAAUAUGGAAUGCUACAUCAUUGGAUGGGGUGCUGUGAGGGAGGAUGGUAAGUUUGGGGUUGGUCAAGGCAUGAUAACCAGUUUGCUGCAAAAAGCACAGGUUAAUGUCAUUGAUCAGUUGGACUGCCAGCAAGCUUACGGUGCUGAACUUACCAACAACAUGAUGUGUGCUGGCUCUAUGGAAGGAGACAAGGACACAUGUCUGGGAGACUCAGGGGGCCCUCUGGUGUGCCGCGAACCCCAGGGCCGGUGGUUUCUGGCUGGGGUGACCAGCUGGGGUCACGGCUGUGGUCGACUUGGCUUCCCGGGAGUUUACAUGCAGGUCACGGCUGUCAGAGAAUGGAUAUCUAUAUACCUCCCUUUUUAAGAAUAUCCACCACCUUCUUUCUCACAAGUGAAAUGCAGUCGUAUCUCUCAACUGAAAAGAAUGCAUGAAACUCAAAUGGACUUUACCAACAGGUUCAUACUGUACUGUCAAAAUAUUUAUUUUUCGUAUUACCAAUGCAUUCUGGUGUUCAAAGCAGUAGCCCUUGAUGUGCUAUAGCCAUUGAGGCUAUUAAACCACGAGGCCCCCAUUGAAUCUGCAGACUUUUUUGACGUAAUGAUUUUGAAGGAAUAAUCGGUGGAAAUGCUCCUAAUUAGUUAGGAUGCAGAUUCCAUGUGGUAACCAACAUAGCUUCAAAAUAAUGAUCAUUUUGAAGUGGUUUUCAGGUGUAAGAUAAUAAAAAGUGUCAACAUUUGCUUGCCUGAAUGCUUGAUAAAUUCUGAUUUCAAGAGACAAAUAUCACCCACAGGAUUUAUAUUCCUGUAACACAAAAUGGACUUUACUACAAAAUGGAGGCAAUCUGUUUUUACUUGGUUGAUGAAGAAAGAAGGAUUAAGGAACAUUAAGUAAAGAAACAUAUUGUAUAUUACGAUGGAAACCUCAAUACCAAUGUUUAUGCCAUUAAGGCCCUGUCCCAGAUGGAACACUUCAAUUUGCACUUGCGGUCUUACGGACUUACAAUGGCCGUGUGCGCAUGUCCCUUAAGUCAACAAGACUGUAGGGUAUCCAAUUUGUCAUUUUUACAUUCAAACGAGUGUUUGCGUGCACCUCCGCUAUGCACCCUCGAUCCGCACUUCUGCGAGCUUCGCAGCAGCCUUCUACCCGACAGUUAAAGCAGCAUUACGUCACGAAAGUGCGGACUCAGAGGAAGACCGCAAGGGUUUUGGGCCUAAACAAGAUUCUUUUCAAACUGUUUCCCCACCGUGACGAUACUUGACCAAGCUGUAGAAGAAGAG